GAUCGAUCAACAAAUCCCCCGUCACCAUCCACAUCAUCUUUCCGAUCUCCCUUCUCCCCCAACCAAACAAACACACACGAAUACAAACACAACUCCUUGUCCUCCCUCUUAAUCUUAAUAAAGGAGCCAGUGACACGUAAACAAACAAUAGACAAAUAGUCUCCCCCUUUUUUCACCCCGAUCACCAACCACCAACUCAUCCAUCAUGUCUCACGUACCCCAGACCAAGAGCGAGAUCUCCAACAACCCCUCGUCGCUCGGUGUCACCUCUGCCAACAGCCCCAAGGAGCAGGAGGCUGAUGUCGCCCGAAAGCUCAAGCUCUACGGUGUCAUCCAGGCCAUGCGAGAUGGACGAAUGCCCGACAACAACCAGAUCAACGAGGCUCUAGAAUACGCCAUCCGAAUGUCGCCUGUUGACCUGUCCAAGCUGUCGCCAGAUGGAAAGCUUUUGGUCGAGGACGUCCGUGACAUCUUGGAGACCGCUCGAAUGAUGAUCAACGAGAAGAACCACGGAGAGCUCUUCCAGAAUUUCGUCUGGUCGACCCGCAAGGGAGACCCUACCCGAGGUGCCAAGUCCAAGUCGGAGCUCAUGCCCGCUUCCAAGUCGGAGUACAAGGCCGACGCCAACCAGGCCGCUGCCCACCUCCGAACCCUGAUCACCCUCUUCGCCACCAAUUCCGAGGCCCGAAAACUCUUGCACGACUUUGGUUUCGUCGCCCGUGACAUCUUUGCCACCACCGCUUCCAAGGCCGCCGACAAGGCCAGGCCCGAUCAGUCACAGCUCGACCAGAUCGACAAGCCCGCUCCUUCUGGCGAGUGGAUCGGACCCGACGGUCGAAGGGUCGGCAAGAACGAGACCCCUGAGCUCCAGAUCAAGGGACCCAACGGUUCCGAAUUCAGGGCUAACCCCAAGGACGACCCUCGUGAUGCCAAGGUCGUCGGUACCGAUGGCAAGGAGCGAUCAGCCGGCGAGGCCGCUCAAGAGGCUCGUGAGAAGAAGGACCAGGCCAAGAACGAGGCUUAUGAGAAGAAGGAGCAGGCUCGUGGCGAGGCCGAGAACCGAACCGGUGGCACCGGCGGCCUGAAGGAGCAGGCCAAGUCGCACAUGGAGGACAUCCGAACUUCGGGUCACCCCAUCGACACUGCCCGAGCCAAGAAGGAUGAGGCCAAGCACGAGGCUCACGAGAAGAAGGAGCAGGGACGACAGGAGGCCAACGCCAGGUCGGGCGAGCACGACACCCCGCAGAACGCUCAGCAGGCCAAGGACAAGGCUCUCAAUGCCAUCCCCGACAAGCACCGAGAGAAGGCUUCCCGCGGAAUCGACGAGACUCGAAACAUUAUCGAGGACGCCUUCCCAGAGGAGCGAAGGGAGCAGUUCAUCUACCGAUUGAAGAAGGUCGUCGUCGAUUGCCAGGAGCACAAGGACUACCAGGAGGCCAUGAGCUUCUUCCUCGACAAGGCCGAAAACUACAAGGGCCACGCCAAGCACGUCCAGAGCCACGGCGUCGACUCUGCCGCCAAGGUCGCCGACGACCCUCAGUACAACCAGGCCUCGCUCGAGUUUAGGGCUCUCCUCGAGAGGUUCGCCAAUGGUCGAUCCAUGCAACCUCUGUGGGAUGCCAUCGACCAGAUGUACACCGACGCUCGAGAGGACGAGGGUCUCCGAAACUGGUACCACCGAGCCAACGAGUACAUUCACAAGACCUUGCUCGAGCCCGGUUACAUCCUCGAUGACGACUCGACCCGAGAGGGCGAGAGGCUUCGAGAUGAUGGAAAGGAGUACUUUGACCACAAGUACAAGCCCCACUUCAAGAACCUCGGCGACGAGAUUUCCAACUUCUUCAUGGCCAUGGGCGAUGACCCCUUGAACCAGCGAUUCGGAGAGGACUGGAAGAGGUUGACCAAGGACUUGUUGUUCGACGCCGAGGGUAACUUGGCUUACAAGCCCAAGCUCCUGAACGACAUCCGAAGGGUCAUCCUCCCCUCGAUCAUCAGGAACAUUGGAUACAUUCCCAUCCCCAGGGCCGAGUACUCUGACGACAAGAUCGACCUUGUCAUCGAGAACCUCGUCUUGCAGGGAGCCAACUUGGCCCCCAACGUUGUCGAGAUUGCCUCGAACAACCACUUCAAGUUCUCGCCUUACGAGUCGAUCCCCGACCAGCAGCACCACAUCAUCACCCUCGGCUUUAGCCAGAUCCAGGCCGAUCUCCGAGACGUCAUCUUCCAGUUCCGAAGGAAGUCUGGUUGGCCCAAGAUCAAGGACUCGGGUGUCGCUGAUGUCUUGAUCGGAGGAAAGGGUAUCUCCGUCAAGGUUACCCUCGAGACCAACAACAAGCGUGACAGCACCUUCUCGGUCAAGGACAUCGACGUCGACAUUGACACCUUGAAGUUCGCCAUCCGAGACUCGCACCACGACUUGCUGUACAAGUUCGUCAAGGCCAUCGCCACCUCGACCAUCCGAAAGGCCGUCGAGGCCGGUAUCCACGGUGCUCUCCGAACCGCUCUCGAGCACGUUGACGACCAGGUCACCGAGGUCCGAAACCGAAUGAACGAGGCCAAGAGGUCCGACGAGACCACUCGACGAGACGAGCUCAAGAACUUGUACAGCCGAAAGAAGGAUACCGCCAAGCACAACAAGGAGAAGGCCGACGAGAAGACUGGUACCUUCAAGCUUGUCACUGACCCCCACGACUCGAUCGUCAAGGACGUCGACUCGAAGAGGACCGAGCAGUCUUACACUAAGCGAGCCGCCACCAUCGACGAGUCGAUUGGCAAGAGCAACGACUGGAAGAGCCCUAUCUUCUCGAUCGUCAACUCCAGCAAGUCGCAUCCCGCUCACACCGGCAAGCCCAUCACCAGCCAGGUCUCGGACGCCGUUCACGGUGCUACCGGUUCUCACGGAACUCACGGUACCCACGGCACUUCGACCGGUGCUCCUCGGUACUAGGCAUGGUUGAGCGAGAGGAAUGGGAAGGAGGCUAUGUUUGAGCGCAUCAACUUGGGCCAUGUAUCGGUUUUUAUAAUAGCGCCCGUGUUUCGUCUUUGAUGACCUGUUAUGACGUUUGUUUCUAUAUAUCGAUCAAUGCGAUUUCGUUC